AUGAACCCAAAUCAUGCAGUUUCUACAGUCAAAAAAUCACCAAAAAAAGAAAAUUCAAAAGAUCAAACUCCAAAUAAUGAAAUGAAUUUAACACAAUAUGAAGAUGACAAGAUUAAAGUUUACCUUCGUGUAAGGCCAUUGAUAAACGAUGAAAGUCCAAUGGAUUUAACCCUUGAUGAUAACACAAUCACAAUUCGACCACCAAACCACAAAAAUUCUUCAUACUUUUGUGUUGAUAAAUCAUUCAAAUUCAGAGGAAUUCUCAAUUCGCAUGCUAAUCAAGAACAAGUAUUCGACAUGGUCGCAAAGGAUUUACUUGACAAUUUUAUUAAUGGAUCCGACGUUCACAUAUUUUGCUACGGAAGUACAAAUGCAGGAAAAACGUACACAAUUAAUGGCAAUGAAGAUGAUCCUGGAUUACUAUUCAGAGUUCUAAAUCAAAUUGUUCCUCCAAUUAUUGAGAAUGAAAGAGAAAACGCUAAGUUAUAUGCCUCAUUUAAUGAAAUUUAUAACGAAAGAAUAUAUGAUCUUCUCUCAGAUAAAAAAGAAUCUUUAUCAAUUGGUUUCAAUGUGAUGGGAGAUACUGAAAUAAAGGGAUGUAUUGAAAUCCCAAUUAUUACAGUUGAAGACAUUCAAUUAGUUGUUCAAAAAGGUAUUGAGGCUCGACAUAAAGGUUCAACAGAUUUUAAUUUAGAUUCGUCAAGAUCUCAUUCUAUUUUCCGACUCAAACUUGCUACACUACUAGGGUAUUCAUGGCUUUCAAUUGUUGAUCUUGCAGGCUCCGAAAGACUUUCAGUAAUGAAUUCAGCUGUGGGAUCAUUCAAAGAGGCUUGUAACAUUAACAAAGGCAUGCUGGUUCUUGGUAAAUGCAUUAGAUGCUUGAAAGAGCAAGGAAAGACUACUACAAAAAUCCCAAUUCCAUAUCGAGAAUCAAAACUAACCCACAUUUUCAAGAACCUAUUUGAGCCCAUGAAAAGGCAAGCUAAAGCUGCAAUAAUUAUUAAUAUAUCUCCAAAUGUAACUCAAAUUGAAGAUACAAUUUUUUCGUUGCAAUUUGCAGCCGAAGCUUCAGAAUGUUCAAUUCGUCAAGUUUCUCGACCACAAGAUAUUUCGGGAACAGAUGAUCCUAAUGCACAAUUUCUUCGAGAAUCUUCUACCGUAUUAUUUUUUGAUAAUUCUCCGGAUAUUCUUGAACGAAGAUUAAGAUUAGAGAUAGGAAAGACCGUGGAGGAGGCAUUAUUACAGCAAAAAAUGCAAUACGAAUAUUUGUUGCAGCAAAUGACCCAAUUGAGCACAUAUAAUCCGUCAAAAGAGAAUUUAAUUCGAGAAAAACCCGAAAUAAUUAAAUCAUACUUGAGUAAACUCCAAGCAUUCCUUGAUCAAAACAAGGAGCUAGAAUUCCAAAUUCAAAAAAUGUCACUUGAUGGGCAGAAACUUCAACAAUCGAAAGAUAAGAUUCAAACAGAGUAUAAGGACAUUGAAGGUGAAAUUGAGAAAUUAAAGUCCCAAUUGGAAACGAUGUCAGAUUUUUUGUAA